GAUCUCCCGGUGAGACCUACAAGAAUGAAGCCAUCAACUGAGUCCGCCUCCCCUGUGAGCCUGGGACGCAAUGAAGCCCAACAACCAGGCCGUCCGGAGGGCAGCCUCCACCAGCGGGCUGCUCCUCAUCCUCCUGCUCGUCGCCUUCACGGCGUCCAACUACUCGUCGCUCUACACCGAGCAGUUGCUCGUCGCCGUGCCCGCCACCCCGUCCUCCUCCUCCACUGCCGCGGCGGGAUCGGGAUCCCGCGCGAGCGACAGCAAUGCCGGAGCGGCGUGCGACGUGGCCAAGGGCGAGUGGGUGCCCGACCCGGCCGCGCCCUACUACACCAACGCGACGUGCCCGCUGAUCGACGCCCGGCAGGACUGCAUGAAGUACGGCAAGCCCGGGAUCGACUCCAUCCUCCGGUGGCGGUGGCAGCCCCACGGCUGCGACCUCCCCCGCUUCGACGCCGCCGCCUUCCUCCGCCUCGUCCGCGGCAAGUCCAUGGCCUUCGUCGGGGACUCCGUCGCGCGCAACCACAUGCAGUCGCUCAUGUGCCUGCUCGCCGAGGUGGAGCAGCCGAGGGAGAUCGAGCCCAAGGACUGCGUGCACUGCACGCGCAAGUACCACUACCGGGAGCACGGCUUCACGGUGUGCGUGUUCUGGACGCCGUUCCUGGUGCGGUGGAACCUGACGCGCGCCGGCGGGCAGCAGUUCAUGGACCCGCACAACGUGUACCUGGACGAGCCGGACCCGGAGUGGAGCCGCGACGUCGCCGGCUACGACUACGUCGUCCUCAACGGCGCCAAGUGGUUCACCCGCCCCACCGUGCUCUACGAGGGCGGCCGCCUCCUCGGCUGCGCCAACGUCGACGGCUGCCAGGCCAAGCACAACGCCACCGCCGUGGCGCCGCACUACGCGAUGCGCGCGUCGUUCCGGACCGCGCUCAGGGCGCUCGCCGGGUUCCGCGGCCGGGUGGUCGUCCGGACGGUGGCGCCCCCGCACUACGAGAACGGCAAGUGGUACGACGGCGGCAACUGCCUGAGGACGGGGCCCCUGCUGAGCAACGAGAGCAGCCUUCCGGAGACCGAGGCCGCGUUCCACGCCGCGCAGGUGGAGGAGUUCCGGGCCGCGACGGCGGAGGCGGCGGCGGGGAGGUUCGUGCUGAUGGACGUGAGCGAGAUGAUGCAGAUGAGGGGCGACGGGCACCCCGGGCAGUACGGGCACUGGCCGCACGAGAAGGUCGGCUUCGGCAUCGACUGCGUGCACUGGUGCUUGCCCGGCCCCGUCGACGCUUGGAGCGAGCUGCUGCUGCAUUUGCUGACAUGAUUUGCACUUGCGCCCAGCUACUUGGUUGUUCUUUCUCCCUAACUGUAAUUGCACAAACGGAAUGGUUUUGGAUGCA